CGAUUGGGGAAGGCGCCGCGAUCCUCGCUUUGGACUAGUUUAUAAAGUCUGCCUCUGCCCCUCUGCUCUGGGUUCGGGUUGUGCGGGAGAACUGGGAGGACGACGCAGCAACUACGAGGCGCCUUCCCAUCUUUGCGGAGCUCUUCAAGCGGCAUCCGCUCGCUCAGCAAGCGCUAAUCAGGCCCUCGCAGCGGAGGCUCCCCUUGGACUGCUCUUCACCUUAAGCUGACUCCCGAAGGAGAAGAAAGACCAUGACAUUGCUUCUGCGAUGUCAUUUCUUCCUCUUGGCUUUUAGCACAUGCCUCAUCCUUACUGUUCGGGCAGAAUGUAGCAAGGACUGUGCAUCUUGUACUCACCAAUUUGCAUACCAUGCAGAUAUCAACCCCCUGGCAUGUACACUAGAAUGUGAAGGAAAGCUGCCUUCCGCCAAAGCCUGGGAAACCUGCAAAGAACUCCUUCAACUAACUAAACUGGAUCUUUCCCAGGAAGGCAAUGGUGCCAUAGGGGACAACACAAAACAGGAUGAAAGUCAUUUGCUAGCCAAAAAAUAUGGCGGGUUCAUGAAACGGUAUGGUGGGUUCAUGAAGAAGAUGGAUGAGCUCUACCAUAUAGAACCAGAGGAGGAGCAUAAUGGAGGAGAAAUCCUUGCUAAAAGAUAUGGAGGGUUUAUGAAGAAGGACUCAGAUGACGAUGCCUUGGCAAAUUCCUCUGACCUGCUGAAGGAGCUUCUUGGAACAGGGGAAAAUGCUGAAAUAGGGCAUUAUCGGGACCUGAAUGAUAACGAUGGUGAAAUCAUCAAAAGAUAUGGAGGCUUUAUGAGAAGCAUCAAGCGUAGUCCAGAAUCAGAGGAUGAAGCCAAAGAGCUGCAAAAGAGAUAUGGUGGCUUCAUGAGAAGAGUAGGAAGGCCAGAGUGGUGGCUAGACUACCAGAAACGAUAUGGUGGAUUUCUUAAACGCUUUGCUGAUUCUUUUCUUCCUUCAGAUGAAGAUGGAGAAAGUUACUCCAAAGAGGUCCCAGAGAUGGAGAAGCGAUAUGGUGGAUUUAUGAGAUUUUAAUACCCUCCCUUUUGUCCUUUUUGUCUCAAAUCAAAGACUGCCUCACUGAUCAUAAUUUAUUGUAAUGUGUUGCUUGUACUGUACAGUUUUUUACUGUCCUGGGUAAUAAUGUGAUCUGUCUGUUAUUUCAAGUUCUGUGAUCUUUUAAGUUAACAAAAGUCUAGUUUGUGUAUGUUGUACUAUUCAUGCUAAAUCUGUUUUAGUUACCAUACUCAUUUCUUUAAAACAGUGCAAUUGCUUAACUGUAUAUACAAUAAAUUGUUCAUCUUAA